CUUGAAAAAAUGCAAGCAGAUGCUGAACUCAAAAUGAAAGAUAUGCAAAACACAGAAAACACGUCUACUGAGCAUUGACGUAAUUAAAGAUCGGUGUAGAUCAAUUUGUACAAAUAAAUGACAUAGAAUCAAUAUUCAAAAUGUCAUUUGCACCACUCGUGACUGAGAUUAUUUUAGCUUUUUGUCUUGCUGCAACAUUGUUAUACAAAUAUGGAAAUGUCUUUCGCCAGCAUCCAAUCGUAACACUUUCAGUUUUAAUCGCUUGGUAUUUUUCAUUACUUAUUAUAUUUGUUUUACCAUUGGAUGUAUCUUCAACUGUAUUUCGACAAUGUGUGGAAAAAAGUAUUGGAAAUUUAACUGCAACAACAAUAAGUUCUUCGGAAAAUACCAAUAACCUAACGCCCACAUCAAAACCCACUCAUGAAUGUAGAGAACCAUGGUCAAUGGUACCUUCUCCAGAAACUGUGUACCAAGAUCUUUGGAGGAUUGUAUAUUGGACAUCUCAAUUUCUAACAUGGUUAAUUCUACCACUAAUGCAAUCUUACAUAAAAGCUGGAGAUUUCACAGUGCAAGGAAAAUUGAAAUCAGCUCUAAUAGAUAAUGCAAUUUAUUAUGGAAGCUAUUUAUUCAUAUGUGGUGUGCUUUUGAUUUAUAUAGCACUGAAACCAGGUGUAGAUUUAGAUGGGCCAAAAAUAAAAGCUAUAGCUUCUUCAGCCUCAAAUACUUGGGGUUUGUUUCUACUCGUGUUAUUGCUUGGUUACGCUUUAGUUGAAGUUCCUCGAGGAUUAUGGAAUGCUAGUAAGCCAGGAUACACUUUGAAUUAUAGCUAUUUCAAAGCAGCAAAAUUGAGUAUAGAGAAAUAUGAAGCUGAAGAAAAUGUUGAUGAUGUAUUGGAGUCAUUACAAGCAGCCAAUUUGUCAAUUAAUUCAGGACAUCCAUUUAAUCGUUACCUAGAAACAAUUUUUCAAAAAGUACCUGCAGAAUUGAAAGAUAAAAUGAAUCGACGACAGUUGCCUGAUGAUACUCCCCUUGAUGUACCAUCAGAGAAAGCUCUAAUUAGGUUGCAUAGAAACACUAUCAAAUGUCUUCAAACGUUACAAAGAACAGAAACGCAGUGGGGUAUAUUAGUAGAUUAUAUUUUUGAUUUGGAAGACAUUUCAAGAAAUCAAACUAGUCAUGAUAAAAGAUUUAAACCUACUUUUCCAAUACAACGAUCUUUGGUGUCGCGACUAUUAUACAGUCCAACAAUAGAAUGGUAUUGGAAAUGUUUAAUAAAAAAUUAUGUAUUGAGAGCUGCUGCAGUUUGUGCUGCAACAUUGUCAAUAGUUGUUGUCUGGUCUGAAGUAAUGUUUUUUAACAAAUCACCAGUUUUAUCGCUAUUUGCUCGAUUUGUUAACAUAGCUAAAAUGAAAUAUGAUUAUUUUACAAUUGAGGUACUUUCAACGAUAGUGAUAGCUUAUUUAUGUUACUGUGCAUAUUCAACGGUACUAAAAAUACGAGUAUUAAAUUUGUAUUAUUUGGCUCCUCAUCAUCAGACAAAUGAAUAUAGUUUAAUAUUUAGUGGCAUGAUGCUAUGUCGACUCACACCACCAAUGUGCUUAAAUUUCUUAAGUUUAAUACAUAUGGAUUCCCAUAUUAUAAAAACUCAAAUGAUGGAAACGCAAUACACUCAAAUUAUGGGUCACAUGGACGUUAUAAAAAUUAUAUCUGAUGGAUUUAACAUAUACUUUCCUAUGGCUAUUCUUGCAUUCUGUUUAGCAACGUAUUUUAGUCUUGGAAGUCGAUUAUUAUCUAUGUUGGGUUUUCAACAGUUCUUAGGAGACGAUGAGCUUACAACAGAUCUUGUUGAGGAAGGCCGGGAAUUAAUCAAAAGAGAAAGGCGAAAGCGUCAACGAUUAGAAGAUUCUAUUAGUAGACGUAGAGAAUUUCAAGAAAGAUUUCCAGGUAUGGAAAAUGCAUCUGGUUUUCGAUCGACAAGACAAAGUGCAGACACUGUACGGUCAAUGAAAAGGGACGAGUCAAUAGAGUCAGCACGCGCUGGCUUGUUACGAGAUUUCGAGCCAAUGUCGGAGUACAACGUUGGUCCACAGUCGUUUAGAAAUGAAAAUUAUGGUGCCAACGAUCGCUUCGAUCGUGAAUUGCAGACAGAAGACUUCUCAGAUAUUCCUGCAGAUAGUUUCAGAACUUUUUCAACAAGUGGUAAUCGCGUAGGCCUUCCUCCGAGAGGCUUAUUUGAUGACAUUUAAUUCAAAUAGCUUACGUACGAUUGAAAAAUAUAAUUAUUUCGACACCGUGCGCAAAGUUCGUCUUUACCUGCACGCUUAGCGAAAAACGAGCGUUGAAAAUCGUACUUUCCACACGUCGUAUCGAAAAAUACAGCACGACACCUGUUCGGGAAAAUUUCUCGUCUCGUGGGGCGUUUACGCUCAAGCGAAGCGAAAAUCUACUUUCCCGUACUUGUAUUGUAAUGUACAAGAUUGUUUUAAAUAGUCCAUAGUAGCGCCAUCAAGUUGCUUUUGAUUAUAGAAAUUAAUGUUAUACCGAAUAACAGACCUUGCAUCUGUAAUUAAUUAUUUAUUAUAUUAUGUUCAUAAUAAAUUUUUACAUCAAUUAAUAU